AUGAGGGCUCAGGAAUUUAUAGCAAGAAUGAAAGAUGUUUCAAAACGUAUAGAAUAUAUUGUGGACCAACGAGCUUCCGAUAAAUUGAAUGAACAAAAGUAUAAAGUUAAAGUGGUCAUUGAGACAAUUUUAUUAUGUGGAAGGGAGGACAUCGCCUUAAGAGGAAGCAACGACUCCGGAGUACUGUCUUUAGACGUAAAUAAUCCAAAUGAAGGAAAUUUGAGAGCGAUGUUGCGAUAUAGAGCGAAUGGGGAUGAAAAUCUUAGAAAAAGUUUGGAGAAUACGCCCAAAAAUGCAACAUACCUGAGUCCUAGAAUACAGAACGAGCUAAUAGAAAUAAUUGGAGAAUACAUCCAGAUGUCUAUAGUUGAAGAAGUGAAAAGAGCUGUGUUCUUUUCGGUUUUAGCGGAUGAAACUACAGAUAUUUCCGGAAAGGAGCAGCUAUCAAUAUGUAUUCGAUUUUUCGAUAAGGCAUCUAAUAAAAUCAAAGAAUGUUUCCUUUCCUAUGUGGAA